CCAAAACCUGGAGAGACAGAGCUUGGAAUCCCAUAAAACCGGAAUACCAAGACCUGGGAACCCCAAAACCUGAAGAGACAGAGCCCAGGAACCCCAAAAUCUGGAGAGACAGAGCUUGAAAUCCCAUAAAACUGGGACACCAAGACCUGGGAACCCCAAAACCAGACGUGGGAACCCCAAAAUCUGGAGAGACAGAGCUUGAAAUCCCAUAAAACCAGAACACUGAAACCUGGGAACCCCAAAACCUGGAGAGACAGAGCCUGGAAUCCCAUAAAACUGGGACACCGAGACCUGGGAACCCCAAAACCUGGAGAGACAGAGCCCGAAACCCCAAAAGGUGGAGAGACAGAGCUUGAAAUCCCAUAAAAUCGGAAUACCAAGACCUGGAAACCCCAAAACCCAGAGAGAAGGGACCAGAACCCCAAAAUCUGGAGAACUGGAGCCCUGAAACCUGGAAAGUUGGGGCCCAGAACCCCAAAACCAAGAGAUCCAGAGCCUGGGAUCCCAUAAAACCCAAAUACCAAGACCUGGGAGCCCCAAAACCCGAAGAGAAGGGGCCAGAACCCCAAAACCUGGAGAGCUGGAGCCCAGAAUUCCCUAGAGAUGGAGCCCUGAAACCUGGAACUCUGAAACCCCAAGAACCAGAGCCUGGAAUCCCAUAAAGCCAGAAUCCCCAAAAACCUGGAGAGUUGGAGCCCCAAAAACCUGGGAAUCCCAAAAUCCAGAGAGCUGAGGCUCAGAAUCCCUAAAAUCCUGAAAUUUGGGAACUCUGAAACCUGGGUAUCCCAAAAAUCUGGGAACCCCAAAAUCCAGAGAGCCAGAGCCUGGAAUCCCAGAAAUCCAGAACCCCAAAAACUUGGGAAGCCCCAAAAUCCAGGGAUUUCCACCCAGAGCCACGUCCAGCCCCGAGUCCUGCAGGAGCAAACAGGGGGAUGUGGCAGGCGUGACCCGUGCCCCCCCCGUGCCAGCCCAGGAUGGAGCCCCCCCAGGAGGCCCUGCUGACGGUCAAUGAGCAGGUGAUCGUCAUGUCCAGCCAUGAGACCAUCCGGGUGCUGGAGGUGGGGGUUGACACCCCCCUCCCACCCGAGGGGGACCCCAAAAGCUCCGGGGAGGGGGCAGGGGGGUCCCCGGGACAGGGGGGCCCCCCAGGGGUGGAGGAGGGGCCCCCCAGCACCCCAAAUUCAUCAGGAGGGGAGGUGGCAGGUGAGAGACCCCCCCCCAUUCCUGGGCUCCCACCACCCGCCCCCGGGCCAGCCCCCGUCACCCACCUGGCCCUGCCGGCCACCCCACAGGUGUUGGCUCAGGAAAGCUUAGCCACGGGUGUGACAGGAGUAAUGGUCCCGGCAGGGACAGUUACUCAACCUCUUCUUAUCCCCAUCAGUGUUGCAGGUCAGGUGGCGGGGCCGGUGCCAGCCCAGCCCGCGCUGGUGGUGACAAUCCCCACAGCCAUCCCGGCACUGACGGCGGCGGCGCCGGCGGCGAUUUACAAACCGCCCGUCGGCAACCUGGCAGCCGCCGCCGCCGCCGCCGCCGUGCUGAGCCCCAUCCCGGCCAUCCCGACCAUCCCGGCGUCCCGGGCACCCCCCCAGCCCCUCCCCGGGCAGCCCCCGCUGCUGCCGCAGCCCCCGGCGGCGCCCACGCCCCCCAAGGAGCCCCCCCCCCCCUGGCCGUGCAGCCCCCUGGCCGUGCAGCCCCAGCUGGCGGGGCUGGCUUUUAAUCCUGGAGGAGGGGGGUGGGGGUUUCCUGCGCCCCCCCUCAUGUCCGUGUGUCCCCCCCACCCCCCACAGGUGAUCGGGACGCUGCCGUGGGUCGUGGCCCCCCCCGCGCCGGCCCCGCCGAGCCUGCAGGUGACAGCGGUGACACCAGGGGUGGCACCAGGGGUGACACAGGUGACACCAGGGGUGGCACAGGUGACGACAGGGGUGGCACAGGUGACCCCGGGGGUGGCACAGGUGACGGCGGUGACAGCCGUGACGCCGCAGCUGCUGCUGAACGCGCAGGGCCAGGUGAUCGCCACGCUGGCCACGGGUGGGGCCGCCCUGCCCCCCGCCACGCCCGCCAAGAAGAGCGGGCCCCCCGAGACCCCCGUCAAGAGCGAGGUCCAGCCCAUCCAGCCGGCGCCCCCCGGGGGGGGUUUGAGCCCCGGGGUGACCCCGAACCCCCCGCCCGGCCCCGGCCCCGAGACCCCCACGGUCAACCAGCUGGUCACCAGUGACCCCCCGCCCCCCGGCGCGGAGGAGGACGGGAUCAACCUGGAGGAAAUCCGGGAAUUCGCCAAGAACUUCAAACUGCGGCGCCUCUCGCUGGGCCUGACCCAGACACAGGUGGGGCAGGCACUGACGGCCACCGAGGGACCUGCCUACAGCCAGUCUGCCAUCUGCAGGUUCGAGAAGCUGGACAUCACCCCCAAGAGCGCUCAGAAGCUGAAGCCGGUGCUGGAGAAGUGGCUGCGCGAGGCCGAGCAGCGGCAGCGGGAGGGGCAGCAGCGCCUGCUCGACUUCGUGGGGGGCGAGCCGGGCAAGAAGCGCAAGCGCCGCACGUCCUUCACCCCCCAGGCCCUGGAGGCGCUCAACGCCCACUUCGAGCGCAACGCGCUGCCCACGGGCCCCGAGAUCACGCGCAUCGCGCAGGAGCUGCGCUACGACCGCGAGGUGGUGCGGGUGUGGUUCUGCAACCGCCGCCAGACGCUCAAGAACACCAGCAAGCUCAACGUCUUCCACGUGCCCUGAGCUGGGAGCGAUGGGAGCCUCCUCUGUGUCCCCUCUGACCCCCUGACGGCAGCGCUGUGGCCGCUGAGGUUGUCCCCCUGUCACCCCCGUGUGUGUCCCCACCCGUGUCCAUCCCCACCCAUCAUCUCCCACGUGCCCUGAACUGGGAGCACUGGGAGCAUCCUCUGUGUCCCCUCUGACCCCCUGCCAGCAGCACUUUGGUCACUGGGAUUGUCCCCCUGUCACCUGUACCCACCCGUGUCCAUCCUCACCCGUGUCCAUUCCCACAUGUGCCCACCCCACCCAUCAUCUCCCACCUGCCCUGAACUGGGAGCACUGGGAUCCUCCCCCCUCCCCCAGCAGCGCUUUGGCCUCUGGGAUUGUCCCCCUGUCACCUGUGCCCACCUGUGUCCAUCCCCACCCAUGUCUGUCCCCACCCGUGUCCAUCCCCACUGUGUCCAUCCCCACCCAUCAUCUCCCUCGUGCCCUGAACUGGGAGCACUGGGAGCAUCCCCAGUAUGUCCCACCUGACCCCCUGACAGCAGCGUUUCGGUCACUGGGAUUGUCCCCCUGUCACCUGUGCCCACCCGUGUCCAUCCCCACCCGUGUCCAUCCCCACCCGUGUCCAUCCCCACCCAUCAUCUCCCACCUGCCCUGAACUGGGAGCACUGGGAGCCCCCCCCCCAUUAACCCCAGCCCCCCUGUCACCCGUGUCCGUGUCACCCGUGUCCGUGUCUGUCCCUCACCUGUG